UCUUGUGCACACAUUUUUCUGUUACACACUUAUUCAGUUAGUUGCUGGGUAAUGAAGUUUAGGUAAUAUUGCAUUUAUUAUUCAUUCUUCAACAAAUAUUUAGGGUGCUUGUAUGGUCUUGGCUAUCUGUUGACUAAAAAAGUGAAACUGAUUAAAUUCUAAGAAGAUUACAUAGUUGGCUGGAUUUUUUUUUCUUUUUUCUUUUUUUGUUUUAAUUAAGAAAAGUGGGACUGGUGUGGUGUUGCACGCCUGUAAUCCCAGCACCUUGGGAGGCCAAGGCAGGAGGACUGCUUGAACUCAGGAGUUCAAAACUAGCCUGGGAAACAUGGUAAAACCUCGUCUCUACAAAAAAUACAAAAAUUAGCUGGGUGUGGUGGUGUGCCUGUGGUCCUAGCUACUCAGGAGGCUGAGGUGGGAGGAUUGCUUGAGUCCUGGAUGUCAAGGCUGCAGUGAGCCUAGAUUACACCACUGCAUUGCAGCCUGGGCGACAGAGUGAGACCCUGUCUCUCAGCUCCCAGUACUUUGGGAGGCCAAGGCAGGUGGAUCACCUGAGAUCAGGAGUUCGAGACCAGCCUGACCAACAUGGAGAAGCCCCGUCUCUACUAAAAAUACAAAAUUACCCAGGCGUGGUGGCGCAUGCCUGUAAUCCCAGCUACUUGGGAGGCUAAGGCAGAUGAAUCGCUUGAACCUGGGAGGUGGAGGUUGCAGUGAGCCGAGAUCCCGCCAGCCAUUGUACUCCAGCCUGGGCAACAAGAGUGAAACUCCAACUCAAAGAGAGAAAGAAAAAGAAAAAGUGGUUCUUCAUUGUAAAAUUGAAGCAUGAGACAAAUCCGUGGUGCUGUUUGGGAUUCCUGUGCAGAAACCUUUUCUCAGCUACUCACUGGCCGUGUGACCUUGGAUUACUCACCCAACCUCCUCUUCCUCAUUUCUUUGGUGUUGAAAAGUCUCCUCUAGAGCUUUGGAAGGCUGAAUGCACUAAACAUGAAGAGCUUGAAAGCGAAGUUCAGGAAGAGUGACACCAAUGAGUGGAACAAGAAUGAUGACCGGCUACUGCAGGCCGUGGAGAAUGGAGAUGCGGAGAAGGUGGCCUCACUGCUCGGCAAGAAGGGGGCCAGUGCCACCAAACACGACAGUGAGGGCAAGACCGCUUUUCAUCUUGCUGCUGCAAAAGGACACGUGGAAUGCCUCAGGGUCAUGGUUACACAUGGUGUGGAUGUGACAGCCCAAGAUACUACCGGACACAGCGCCUUACAUCUCGCAGCCAAGAACAGCCACCAUGAAUGCAUCAGGAAGCUCCUUCAGUCUAAAUGCCCAGCCGAAAGUGUUGACAGCUCUGGGAAAACAGCUUUACAUUAUGCAGCGGCUCAGGGCUGCCUUCAAGCUGUGCAGAUUCUCUGUGAACACAAGAGCCCCAUAAACCUCAAAGAUUUGGAUGGGAAUAUACCGCUGCUUCUUGCUGUACAAAAUGGUCACAGUGAGAUCUGUCACUUUCUCCUGGAUCAUGGAGCAGAUGUCAAUUCCAGGAACAAAAGUGGAAGAACUGCUCUCAUGCUGGCCUGCGAGAUUGGCAGCUCUAACGUUGUGGAAGCCUUAAUUAAAAAGGGUGCAGACCUAAACCUUGUAGAUUCUCUUGGACACAAUGCCUUACAUUAUUCCAAACUCUCAGAAAAUGCAGGAAUUCAAAGCCUUCUAUUAUCAAAAAUCUCUCAGGAUGCUGAUUUAAAGACCCCAACAAAACCAAAGCAGCAUGACCAAGUCUCUAAAAUAAGCUCAGAAAGAAGUGGAACUCCAAAAAAACGCAAAGCUCCACCACCUCCUAUCAGUCCUACCCAGUUGAGUGAUGUCUCCUCCCCAAGAUCAAUAACUUCGACGCCACUAUCGGGAAAGGAAUCGGUAUUUUUUGCUGAACCACCCUUCAAGGCUGAGAUCAGUUCUAUACGAGAAAACAAAGACAGACUAAGUGACAGUACUACAGGUGCUGAUAGCUUAUUGGAUAUAAGUUCUGAAGCUGACCAACAAGAUCUUCUCUCCCUAUUGCAAGCAAAAGUUGCUUCCCUUACCUUACACAAUAAGGAGUUACAAGAUAAAUUACAGGCCAAAUCACCCAAGGAGGCGGAAGCAGACCUAAGCUUUGACUCAUACCAUUCCACCCAAACUGACUUGGGCCCAUCCCUGGGAAAACCUGGUGAAACCUCUCCCCCAGACUCCAAAUCAUCUCCACCUGUCUUAAUACAUUCUUUAGGUAAAUCCACUACUGACAAUGAUGUCAGAAUUCAGCAACUGCAAGAGAUUUUGCAAGAUCUACAGAAGAGAUUAGAGAGCUCUGAAGCAGAGAGAAAACAGCUACAGGUCGAACUCCAAUCCCGAAGGGCAGAACUGGUAUGCUUAAACAACACUGAGAUUUCAGAGAACAGCUCUGACCUCAGCCAGAAACUUAAAGAAACUCAGAGCAAAUACGAGGAGGCUAUGAAAGAAGUCCUUAGUGUGCAGAAGCAGAUGAAACUCGGUCUUGUCUCACCUGAAAGCAUGGAUAAUUAUUCACAUUUCCACGAGCUGAGGGUCACGGAAGAGGAAAUAAAUGUGCUAAAGCAGGAUCUGCAGAAUGCAUUAGAAGAAAGUGAAAGAAAUAAAGAGAAAGUGAGAGAGUUAGAGGAAAAACUGGUAGAGAGGGAGAAAGGUACAGUGAUUAAGCCACCUGUGGAAGAGUACGAGGAAAUGAAAAGUUCAUAUUGCUCUGUUAUUGAGAAUAUGAAUAAGGAGAAAGCGUUUUUGUUUGAGAAAUACCAAGAAGCCCAAGAAGAAAUCAUGAAAUUAAAAGACACACUAAAAAGUCACAUGACACAGGAAGCCAGUGAUGAAGCUGAGGACAUGAAAGAAGCCAUGAAUAGGAUGAUAGAUGAACUCAAUAAACAGGUGAGCGAGCUGUCACAGCUGUACAAAGAAGCCCAGGCUGAGCUGGAGGAUUACAGGAAGAGGAAAUCUCUAGAGGAUGUCACAGCUGAAUAUAUCCAUAAAGCAGAGCAUGAGAAACUGAUGCAAUUGACAAACGUGUCCAGGGCUAAAGCAGAAGAUGCACUGUCUGAAAUGAAGUCUCAGUAUUCAAAAGUGUUGAAUGAGUUGACCCAGCUCAAACAACUGGUCGAUGCGCAAAAAGAGAACUCUGUCUCUAUCACAGAACAUUUGCAAGUGAUAACCACGCUGCGGACUGCAGCAAAAGAGAUGGAAGAAAAAAUAAGCAAUCUUAAGGAACACCUUGCAAGCAAGGAAGUGGAAGUAGCAAAGCUGGAGAAACAACUCUUAGAAGAGAAAGCUGCUAUGACUGAUGCAAUGGUACCUCGGUCUUCCUAUGAAAAGCUCCAGUCAUCCUUAGAGAGUGAAGUGAGUGUGUUGGCAUCGAAAUUAAAGGAAUCCGUGAAAGAGAAAGAGAAGGUCCAUUCAGAGGUUGUCCAGAUUAGAAGUGAGGUCUCACAGGUGAAAAGAGAAAAGGAAAAUAUUCAGACUCUCUUGAAAUCCAAAGAGCAAGAAGUAAAUGAACUUCUGCAAAAAUUCCAGCAAGCUCAGGAAGAACUUGCAGAAAUGAAAAGAUACUCUGAGAGCUCUUCAAAACUGGAGGAAGAUAAAGAUAAAAAGAUAAAUGAGAUGUCAAAGGAAGUCACCAAAUUGAAGGAGGCCUUGAACAGCCUCUCCCAGCUCUCCUACUCAACAAGCUCAUCCAAAAGGCAGAGUCAGCAGCUGGAGGCGCUGCAGCAGCAAGUCAAACAGCUCCAGAACCAGCUGGCGGAAUGCAAGAAACAACACCAGGAGGUCAUAUCAGUUUACAGAAUGCAUCUUCUGUAUGCUGUGCAGGGCCAGAUGGAUGAAGAUGUCCAGAAAGUACUGAAGCAAAUCCUUACUAUGUGUAAAAACCAGUCUCAAAAGAAGUAAAGUGGAUUCCUUGGCAGGACACUGCCCCUUGUCAUCCGUCUUUGUGUUAGAUCCAGAGUUGUCGGCAGCCGCUGCCAUUGUUCUCAUUCGUGGUAUGCACUGUGGCCUAGUGUAGCUUCUUCCCUUUCCAAAGGUUUCUGAGGACUUCUCCCAGGAAAAGACUGCCCGCCUCAGAACUGCUUAGAGACUUCAAACCAGCAGAGGUGAAAGUCCCUGUCAUCCCUUCAGAUUCCAGAGCUGGGAUCAGCCAUGCCCAGAGGUCUGGUCCUGAUGCUGGCAGGGGGGCCCCCUCCUCCAUCCCUGACUGGCUGAGUGGCUUUAUCACCACCGAGUGAUGUGCUGAGGCCUCCUGCAGUGAAUGCUCCUUCCAUUCCUGUACUCGGGCAGUGCCAUUCAGCACAGGAGAGCUCUUUUUGCCUUUGGCUUUCAAUUCCAAAACAUGAUUUAAUUUCUAACUAAAUUAGUAUGGCACUAGUUAUGAAGUAUCUGCUUAAAACCCUUCAUCAUGAUAUCCUGUGGAUUUAAAAACUCUAAUUCCAUGUUUUCUUCCCAUCUGCCUUAUAUAUCUCAUCACCCUGCUUAUCAAUAUUCAGUUUGAUGAGCACUAUUAACUAAAAUAUGAAACUUAAAAACAAAAGCAAGUUGUCCUUAAAAGUUCUUUUUUUAAGUAAAUUGUUGACAUACUGCAAAUUUUCUAUGCAAACUUGCCUCCUGCUGUUAUCCGUGAAGCUCAGGAAAUCCAAACAUUUGUGUUUCAACAAGGGACAGUAAACUGUGUGUUUACAGCCAAAAGAAAUGCCUCAUAGUUCUUAACCUCAACUUUUGUAAAAGUAUUUUUUUCUCUGUAAUAUUUUUAUUGGCUCAUAAAGAUGUUUUCAUAUCUAAACUCCUAAAUAAGUGAAAUUACAGUAGAUUAUAUUAACAAAAUACUUUUUAGGUAGCCAUGCUUGAGACUUUUUAAAAAUAUAACUUUUUCCUUAAAGUUUUCAGCUAUAGCAAAAGGUAGUUAUGUAUGCCAGACCUAAUAGGAGCUGCCACCAACACCCCUAGAACUUUCAGCCAUGGUGUCUUCAGAAUUGUAGCGCAUUUCUGAAUCUAGCAAAUCCUCCUUUUACCCGUUGAAUGUUUUGAAUGCCCUGACUCUACCAGCGCCCAUAAAUGAUCUCUGGAAGGACUGUUAGUACCAAUCUGUUUUUCAACUUUGAAGCUAAAAACCCUGAUGUGGUAAUAUUAUGGUGCAUAGCAGAGGUCUCGGAAAAAAAAUAUUUCUGUUCACUUUACUUUCAGGUUAAAAAUGUUUCUAACACGCUUGCAACUUCCCUUAUGGCAUUAAUCUUGUUGAAGGAGAGAGACAGAAUCCAGGACUCUCCAAAGUAUUUAACUGAAAGUAGGGCCUGCUCUGACAGGGCCCACGUCCCACAAGGCUGCCUGGCCUCAGUGGGUGCUUGGCUGUGCUGGAUGAUAUGUUGAUCUGUAUUGGAUAAGGACCAAUGACAGCAAAGCAAAAAUGGCUUUAAAGCUUGGUGUUACUUUUCUUAAGUUGUUUAAUUAUAGUUAAGCAAUUUCAAAAAUGCUCCAAAGAAAUGUGAAAGGACCUUUUGUCACAGCACUUCAGAAAAUACACAACAGCCCCCUCUGCCCCCGCACAGAAAUGCUGCAGAGUAUAUAAAACUUGAGACAUUUUUGUAGGAUGCCUGACGAGGUGUAGCCUUUUAUCUUGUUUCCGGAUGCAUAUUUAUUACGAGUACUCUGGUUAAAUAUUGAAAAGUUAUAUGCUGUAGUUUUUAGUAUUUUGUCUUUGUAAUUUACAGAAGUUAUUGGAGAAAAUAAACUUGUUUCAUUUUGCA